CGUUACGACCGUCACCGGAAUACAUGUUGUAAAAGUGAGCAGUAUCGCGAGACCUUAGACCUCUGCUUCCAGGUUCUUGAUCUACAACACGUAAAGAGCUAUCAUUAUGAAGGCAAUCUUAUCUGGAGACUGACACAUCAAACCAGCAACAUGGCAGGCUAGCAAAAUCGUGAAGACGAGCUAAGCAGCCAGGAAGACGCAGCGAAGAUGCAGACACUAACCAAGAGCCAUACCCUGGUGUAUCGUAGCUUAUCGAUAGCAAGAUGCAGCGGAGAGUCUCCGCCACAGAGCCGCCGCAAAGACAUUGGUGUACCUUGCGGCAUUCUCGCUCGAACCCAACCGGAUCAACCUAUCUGCCCUGAACAACUCCCACAUGUGACCACUUCGGUUAAACUGCUCCAUUCGAAGCUGCGAUGCGCUUUGUCCAGCAGCCCAGGAGCGGAGCGGGUGACCUUCUCCCAGCCUCUGAAGUUUUUUUUUGAGUUUCCUCGACUUGCUCAGUCCUGCACUGCCGUGCUCAGAGGUAGUAUUUCGCAACGCCUUCUACAGCUGGCCACUUCUAUUGUUCGCUUUAUCCAUGGCCAUUCCUCAUCUGCCGGCUUUUCUAGAGCCUCUCGAGAGUCUCCUGAGUGCGAGCGUAGUAGUGAUCGUUGGGAGAGCGAGGUCAGUGACGGUGCUGAGGAAAUGCGCGCCACGGCUCCAAGCCUCUCAUUCGUAGAGUACAUAGCUGAAAUUGCAAUGGGUCGUUACAGCCCUCACAUUAACAGGCCCUUGUGUCCCACGAGCUUCAGUCCAUGCUUGUGUCGUGGUUCAACUUCGCUGUUCACGACCUCUUUGCGAGCAAAAGCUGUGUAGCUAAGUGCGAAGAAUGAGUGUACAAGCACCAGCUAAUGGUAGAGCAGUUGGGCGUCCUGGAUGUGUGACAUGUCGCCGAUACUACUUGCUGCGACGAAUCGCGCUCUUACCUGGAAGGCGCAGCUUAGCUCAUUGGCGGCUUGUCUGUAAGAGCCGAGCAGCCGCUUCAUCAACGCUUCCAUCAAAUCUCAUCAACAAAGGAGGAGUCGAAGGUCAUCACAGCAUCAGGAGUUGAGGAUAGUCGUCGCAUUCUGUUCGCUUUACCUAGUACCUUCGUGGGAUCCUCUGCGCUACGUAUCGAGGGGCGACUCCUGUACUCCAGCGCACGGCCCUUUCAACGCAUCGCGCCAAACCUUGGAAGGCACCAACAAAUUACG